CCUUCCGACAAACGUUCAUCUCAUUUCUCUCUUGAUCUAGAUCUGUCUCUCCGAUAAUUUUAUAAAUUAAAAAUUGAUCGAGCAAUGACUUGGCUCGAACUCAUUGGUGCGCCCUGAGAACAGCGUCAAGUCGUCACCCAUCACCGGAACUUAUUGCUGAUCGUUGAACUCAUGAAUAUUCAAUAUCAAUAGUGGACGCAACAUGGCGUCGACCAUAACAUUGGUCGUUCUUGUCAGUCUUGUACUACAGAAAUGUACAAUAACUAACGGAUCGACUCAUUGGAUUGUAACCGAAGACGGUAGAAUACAAGCCCAAGCCGAUUCUGUAUUCAACCUACGUCGCCCGUACGACUUGGUUGCAUUCGUGAACCAGGAGGACAGAGCAUCGAUGCUCAAUGGUUUGAAGAAAGAGCUAUUGAACAGAAAGGAUGAAAUCGACAAAAAUGAGGAUCGAGAUACAGGAUUGGAGCAAAAAUUUUACAAGACUAAUCCAGAUUGCAUUGAGGCUGGAAAGCCGCUACCAGAGUUUGAUCUGUACAUCAGUACAGUUCUGCCUUUGGAAAACAAAGGGAUCAGACCCGAGGAACACAUCGACAUCAAUGGGUCGCCAAACCCACACCCAAAAGCUCCAGACUGCACAGCAUUCAUGGAUCUGGAGUUCAGCAUGCAUGCUUUUGAGCACCUAGAGGGUAUGAAGGCAAGACAUAAUCUGUCGGGCACUCCAGAGCUGGGACUGAAGAAUGCCAUCACUCACCGAGAAAAUGUGGAUGAUUAUGGUCACUUGGUCUUCGAAGCUCUGAACAAGAACAAGACUUCCUGGAUCUUGUACAACAUGGCUGCCUUCUACUGGAGAAUCAAGGGCAAUCCGUACCAGGCAGUCGAAUGUAUCCGGAGGGCCUUACAUCAUUCACCGAGUCGGCUUCAAAAAGAUGUUGCACUGAUAAGCCUGGCGAAUAUCCUCCAUCGGGCCAAGUUCUCGAACGAAGCGGCAAUUCUGGUGCACGCUGCCCUGGAGGUGUCCAAGGAACUGAAUGUGAACCACUUCACCUUAGGAAACAUUUAUGCCGUGCUGGGGGAGUACAACAAGUCCAUCAUAUGCUUUGAGAACACGCUGAAGAUCCAGCCCGACUUUGAGGCGGCGGCCAAGCGGCGACACGCCGUUCUGUGCCACUCCAAACUGGAGAUGGCGCUCGAGGCUCAGCACAGGUCUCUCCAGAGAACGUUGAAAGAUCUGAAAGAUUACCAGAGGAAGCAUGACUUAUACCAGUCGCAGAGCGACAAACUGUUGGCGGAGCAGGUUCCUCACGAGGUCAAAGUUGCCCAACACCACGCAUACGAACAGCUCAAGGUUCGGGACAGAUCCACGGAGAUGGAUGAGUACUGUAGGAUGGUGGACCGGGACGGGAAGCAAGUCCUGCUGUGUACCUGGAGUCGCAAGUCGCCGACCUUGGACUUCGACUUUGCCUUUUUGGAAGACGCCCCGGACAAGGGCAAGGAGGAGAGUAACCCAGAGAAGUUGAAUGAUUCUAAAGCAGAUCCCAAGAGUCCUGACUAUAGUCAGCCUGUGAGAGCUCCUCUUUAUUCCAAGUACAGAAAGCACAAGCCCACAGAGCACGAUGUGUACACUCAGUCACAGUGGCCCAAGAAGGACGAGUGUGACUCGAUGGUAAAAAAAGUUCCCGAUCCUCGAAAUCUGACGACAAUAUACCUGUCACCAGAGAACAAAGGAUUUGAAGUGAAAGAAUUGUUAACUCAGGCCCAGGGUCUAGAUCCUGCCGGCCAGCAUCCGUUGCCGUGGUACCCGCCCGUGUGUGUGCCCCUGAUGGAGCUGGCGGAGGGGAACCCCGCCGUGUACGACCACCUCAAGUCGGUCAGUUAUGCAGAGAGGUCGCGCAUACCCCUCAAGUAUAACGACCCCUCUAUGAGAAAGGUAUUGCUCAGCCAUGUGAAUGAUGGACUUGUAACAGAGGAAGAGGUUGGACAGAGGAUCCUCACAGCCCUAAAAAAGAAUAUCGGCCCCCAGUGGAUACUGUACAACCUGGCGGGUCUGUACUGGCGCAUCGUGGGCAACAACGACCACGGCAUCGAGUGCAUACGGAGGUCCAUUUACCUCAGCCCGCCGCAGUACCGGGACAUACCGCUGGUGAAUCUGGCCAAUAUACUGUACCGCUACGGCCGCUACGACGACGCCAUAGUUAUCAUGAGGGAUGCGCUAGCUGUGAAUGAUGUAGAGCCUUCCUCGCACUUUUUCUUCGGCCACCUGCUGUGGGCCACCCGCAACUACACAGGGGCGGCCUUCCACUACGAGGAGGCCCUGGCGUAUGACCCGCUCCACUCGAGCGCCCUGGACGCCCUGCGCGCCAUGAAGUGCUACAUCAAGUACCACCACGCAGCGCAGAGCGCGGCGCCCCCGCCGCAGGAGCCCUCGGCCGCCUCUGCCCAGAGCCAGGCGGGGAACUGUCAGCACAAGUCCACUGAGACGGAGAGCAGGGUCAUCUGCAAGUCGGAGAAUAAUAACGAGGAGAAAUGUAUUAUUGAGACGCGCUCUCGCAACAGGGUGGCCGACUGCAAUGGUCAGUGCACCCAGACGUGCACCAUCACGCCGGUCAAGAUGGACGGCUGCAGCGGGGACUUGAAUCUAGAGAACGCUAUCAUAGGUCACUGCUCAGGCAAAGGAGGCAAGCAGUUUUCCACAGAUCAAGAUGACAUGCUGUUUUCCACAGACUUCACCAGCAAACUGGAUGAGGUCAGCGACUACUACGAGAAGAAAGGCCUUUGUGAAGGGGAUGAGUGCAGUCACCUCAGGGUGCAGCAGGGAGGCCAGAGACCCCACACCAAGCUGGAGUACGUGGAGGGAGUGCUCAAACACAAGCUCAUCUUCCUGCAGGUAUCCCCGUCAGAGCUGCAGGUGGAGGCGGACGACUGCAUCAUCUUCAACGACGGCACCAAGUCGGCCGGCUGCAACCGCGAAGAGUUCCGCACCUACAUUGAGGAGCUGGAGCGAGAUAUAAUUGCUCUGGAAAACAUUCUUGGAGGCUCGGACUCUGCUCUCCAUUGUGCUUUGUCUUUGGAAGACGAUGAAGAGACAGAUGAUGAGGAUGAUGAUGAUGAUGAUGAAGCAGAAGAUGAAGAAGACCCAGAAGAGGUAAGAUACAUUGCGUCAUUGAUGAUUGCCCCCAUGAGGAGGAGACGGGAAGAGGAAGAAAAAGAAAGAAAGAAGCAGGAGGAGAAGAAGUGGCGUGAGGAAGAGGAGAAGAAGCGGCGCGAACAGGAGGAAGCUUGGAGGAAGCGCGAGUUUGCCGUGCCGCACGCGAUAGUGAGACCGCAGCCUCGUGUGGAAAGUGAGGAGGAGAAGAACCCACCGAGGUUCCCACCACUGGAUGAUCAUGAGCUGCCAGAUACUCGAGUCCACCUAGGCCGGCUGGGUCGUCUCAACUGGAGCCCGGAGGACUGCAGUGGGGAGGAGAAGAUGGACUUCUCUCAGUACGCCAGCACCUGGCUCUGUCCCACUGCCAAAGGGCUCAGGCUGGAGGAGUAUAUUGACUUUGACGAAAUGAUCAAACACGAGCAGGAGGAGCCCGUGUGUGACAGGAAACUUAUCUCUCCUGUCCGGGCCAUGGGACAUCUGCCCAGCAUCAUGUCUCGGGGAACGCUUAAGCUGUCGCCGGAGGUCGGGCUCAAAGAGGUGCUUCAGAUGUUGGGAGGAGAGGAGGAACCGGUCUCUGUGAUGGGCACCCGCAUUACACACGCGUUGAUACAGAACCGCACAUCGUGGGUAGCGUACAGCCUGGCAGCGCUGUUUUGGCGUGUGGAGGGUGACGCCAAAGAGGCUCUCGACUGUUUGCAGAUGGCUUUGACCUACGUGCCACAUACAUACAAGGACACGGUGUUGAUCAGCCUGGCUAACGUGCUGCAGAACGUCCAGUACAGCAACGACGCCAUCGUGGUGACCAGCGCGGCCCUGGACGUGACUAGUGACCUGCCCGUGUCUCACUUCACCAUGGCCAACAUCUACGCUGCCAAGGCUGACUGGAACCACGCGGUGAUGUUUUACCAGUCCACUCUGGGGCUACAGUCCAGCUUUAAACCUGCCAGGGAACGGCUCAAGGCCAUUUUGUGUCGAGGACUUGCCACGCAACAGUUGUAAAAUUUGUACUUAACCUUCCCAAGAUGCUCCAACUCCGGCCAAAUUUUUUUUAAAAACAUGACACUGUUGACUGUUGAAGUUAACCCUGCUCUACUGUAGGCCUAUUUAUUUUGU